AUGGCUACUGGUAGCUAUUUCCCUCCUCCUGGAGCUCCCUCCAGUAUAUCGCCUCGGAAUUCCACCCCAGCGUUGUCGCCGCUUUCUCCGCCACUCCAACAGCGCUCCAAUGCUUUGUCGAACCGAUUGACAAGUGUACUCUCCGUGUCGUACGCGGAUUCCGAUAUACGCGAUGCGCUCGAGACUCUUAGUUUGAGGGGUGUCCACAAUACCGCAGAGGUUCGGAGGCAAUUACGCCUUGAUGUGCAGAAGGAAGUGGUGGAUUGCAAUGCGGAGAUCGUGAGGGACUUUGGCAACGUUGCGGAACAAUUGAAACGCAUUGGCAGCGUUAUAUCGAGUCUGAAAGAGACGUGCGAUGAAAUGCGCAAGCACAUCGUGUUGGCUAAGCAGGACACCACCCCAGUCCUGGAGGAAGCGUCUGCGUUGAUGAUUCAGAAGCAAGAGGCCGAAACAAAACAACGUCUGUUGGAUGCAUUUACAAAGCAUUUCAUAGUCUCGGAAGAAGAACUUUUGGCUUUGACAUCUAUUGAAGAGCCAAUAGAUGAUGAGUUUUUUGACGUGCUUGCGCGGGUGAAGCAGGUACAUCGAGAUUGUGAAGCUCUACUAGGUGCGGAACACGAGAGACUCGGCCUCGAGCUUAUGGAAAAAAGCUCCAGGAGCCUGAACUCGGCCUACCAGAAGCUCUACCGCUGGAUUCAGAAAGAAUUCAAGUCAUUAAACCUCGAGGAUCCCCAGAUCAGUGGUACGAUUCGGCAAGCUCUGCGGGUGCUGGCUGAGCGUCCGAGCCUGUUCCAGACUUGUCUGGAUUUCUUUGCGGAGGCCAGAGACUAUGUUCUCUCAGAUGCUUUUCAUUAUGCUCUGACGGAUGCAGUCUCCGGGGGAGAUAGUGCUGUGAAGCCAAUUGAAUUCUCCGCCCAUGACCCGCUCAGGUAUAUCGGGGAUAUGCUUGCAUGGGUUCACUCCACUACAGUCUCCGAGCGUGAAGCUCUGGAGACCCUGUUUGUUGCUGAGGGAGACGAGCUCGCCAAGGGAAUUCAAGCCGGUCUAAAUAGCGAGCCGUGGUCGCGAAUCGAUGAAGAUGAGGAAAUGACAUUUGACGGACAAAAGGCCCUCAGUGAUUUAGUAAGUCGGGAUCUCAUCGGAGUCGCUCGUUCACUGCGUCAGCGGGUUGAACUAGUGAUUCAAGGUCAUGAUGACCCGGUCACUUGCUACAAGGUCAUCAAUCUACUUUCCUUCUACCAAACCAUUUUUUCCAAACUAGUGGGCCCAAACUCCAACCUUGCUGAGCUGCUCAAGGCUCUCGAAAAGUUCACCUUAAACCAUUUUCAGACAAUAAUGCGUGACGAAGUCAACAAUAUCUCAACGGACCAUUCCGCCCUGGCACCGCCUGAUGAUCUCUCGGCGCCACAGUUCCUGCACGAUUCAUUAGAAGUUCUGACAGCGUUGAUGAAAACCCACGAGGCUUCCCUCGGAACAGAAGAUCCCAGCAUCACAUCCGAAUCUGAAGAGAACGAAUUCACUCCGGUCCUCCACGCAGCCCUCGACCCUUUCUUCACUCUCGCAAAAGCUUCUGCAGAUGAACUUCCCGAUCCCACUGCCCGCGCGAUCUACCUUACAAAUGUUCAUAUUACCACCCGCUCCACCAUCUCGCCCUAUCCUUUUGCAACAUCAACGCACCUUCCUCCUCUCUCAGCAACGCUUUCUACUCUCCGAGUCGAACUCCUCGAAAGCCAGCACCGCUACCUCCUCGACACCUCAGGCCUUCAAGUACUCUUAACAGCUCUACAACCAUUUUCUCAAUCCAAUGAAUCAGGCACGGAGAAGGAUCUGGCAGCUAUUGCAGAUCUCCCGGCCUUCCAAGCCGAAGCCCUCAUUUCAACCAGUCAGCAGCUAGACGACUUCUUGCCUUCGGCACUCAUGGACGCAACAGAUAACUUGAAACGUGUGCAGAGCGCAACUUUUGUCAAAAGUGUUACGGAGGAGGCGGUUGAAGCAUUUUGUCGUGAUUUCGAAUUUGUGGAGGGGAUGAUUAUUGGAGCUGAUGAGGCUAGGGGUGUUGGUCAGAGUGACGGUGCAGUUAAUGAAGAGGGUGAAGAGGGUGACGGUGACGGUGACGGUGAGGUUGAGCUUGAGCUUGAGGUUGAGCAAAGAGGACAGGGUCAGAGCCUUAGAAAGUUGUUCCCGCGUACCACAGGAGAGAUUCGCGUGUUGUUGAGCUGA